AUGGCUGACUUAAUUGUUCAAUCGCGUUUUGCUGGUCUUAACAUCGAAGAUGAUGAUUUUCCACCAUCGAAUUGUAACCAAAAACCCAAGAAGGCAAAAACAUUAACUGAUAAAAAAAGUGACGUUUCAAAAAAGCCAAAGGGUAAUGGUAACAAAUCUCAGAAUUCUAAUAAGAAAAAGAAACAAAAGCAAGAUGGCUCUACAGUAGAACAGUGGGAGCAAUGGAAGCAGAAAGAUGAGGAACUUGUUGAUGGCAAUUAUGAGACAGAAUUACAACAAGCUAUUCUUCUAUCUAAACUUGAUUUUGAAGAAAAAAAAGAUGUGUAUAAGCAGCUUAAAAAAGAGGCAGACAUGGAAAAAAAGAGUGAGGCAAAGGCAGGCAAUAAAAAAUUAAAGAAAAAAAAUGUUAUGAGCUUGGAGCAAUUCAAUGAUAUGGUCAAUUCGGGUGAAGAUGCGAGAAUCCUUCAAAAUGAUGAUGCAGUUGAAGAAAAAAAAUCUCCUGAUAAAGAUACUGAAUUUUUUGAAAGAGUAAAAGAUGAAACUAAAAAUGAGUUGCUUAAAGACAAAAUAAUUGAUAGGAUUAAAAAUCAAAAUAGUGUGUCAGAUGAAGUCAUAACGAGGGUACAAUUUGCUGACGCCUUAGAGAAGAAAAAUCAAGAAAUAGCAGCCCUUCGUGAGGAAAUUGUUGCUUUGAAACAGGAACUGCAUACAGUAAAGUCAAGAAAUAAAAAGCUAUGUAACAUUCUUGGACAGGGAGAGAUGAGAGACAAAGCAGAGGUGCUAAUGGAAGUGGAACGUCUUCGAGGAGUACAGGCAGAACUCACUGCCGAGUUAGCAACUUUACAUUCUGAUCUAGAAAAAGAACGCUCUAGAAACGACUCCAAAAGUAAAGAUAAGAAACAUCCAAAUAAAAAGAAAAACAUUCGUUUUGAUGUCUCUACAGAAGCACUUACCGCAAAGGAAUCGGGCAGUGGAAUGGUAUCAUAA